CCUGUCCCGCCGAGCUGGGAGUAAACAACCCCGCGCAAAGGAGCAUCAACACCACCUUGAUGCGGGGAUCAUGCCUUCUUUUCUUCUGAUCGCAUCUAUCCAAUGCAAGCAAUUCCCAGGGGCCCUGGUUGAACUCCACCUGUUUUGCUCUCUCAAAGCUCGCGGCCAUCGGCGCCGAGGACCGAAUAGCCAACGAUCAGCAUCUUGUUGCAACUCUUGAUGGCUGUCAAGUCUCCAUGACCCCAGGGGACUCACCAAAGAACAUCCGACUGAUCCACCACCGUCUUCCAACCCAUAGCGGUGUAAUAGCCCCCAAUUAUGUUGUCGAAUCAACUCAACGGCUUCGGCGCCGGGGAACGACGGGUUCACGUGUCCUUGGUAAACCCCCUCGGAGAACAGAGGGCCUUAGUUGAGCGGGCGGACUGCUCCACAAACGAUCAUGUGCUGGCUCCUCCCGAAAUCGCGUGGGUGUAUUUGAAGGAUGGCAAGCCCACAUUGAGUGGAAAGCCCAGCACAUGGGGAAACAGGUGGCUUUCGGAUCGACUCAUCUUCAUCAUGUUUUUAACACUGGCCUUAGCCUUAUUGCUGUUGCCACCACACGCCGCCCUAGGGGGUGCAAAUUCCAGCACUAGCUGUGAUAUAUUACCAGAUUUGAUAAGGUCAUCGAUCUUAACCCUUGGCUCUGUGGAAACAGCAUUCGUACCGACCAACUCCUUGAAUGUAUCUGGAACAUUCAACUCUGUUUCCUUUUGCCGCGUGAACGGCAGUGUGCCGUACCCAGAGAACAACACUGUCUUUUUUGAGGUAUGGCUCCCUGAUACGGAUGUAUACAAUGGCAGAUUUUUGGCAGUCGGCAACGGAGGCAUGGCUGGCACCAUCGACCAUGUGGCCAUGUUAGAGAACGUCAACAAAGGUUUCGCAACUGCCGGGGGUGAUAGCGGCCACCGGGCCUCUGAAAACAAUGGCGGCAAUGCUUAUCCAGGCGGCGUUAAUCUACCCUAUCUUCACGACCGCAAUCAAGUCCUCGCAUGGAUCCGCAACUCGAUCGCGUUUCUUACGCCCUCGGCAAAGGGCAUUACGAGCGUUUAUUAUGGAACGCAGCCUCACCAUUCCUACUACACAGGCUGCUCCACUGGAGGUGCCCAAGGCUUUGCAUUGGCCGAGUAUCAUCCCGACUUGUUCGACGGGAUAGCUGCAGGAUGCCCCGGAAAUUGGUACUCUCAUCUUGCAUUAUCGUUUCUGUGGAACCAACAGGCCACACUUGGUUCGAGAUUUCUACCACAGGAGUCACUAGACCGUAUCAAAGAUGCAGUAUUGGACCAAUGCGACGCUCUAGAUGGUGUCGAAGAUCGAGUGCUCGAGAACCCACUGGCCUGCAAGUUCGACAUCGUGAGUUUGGCGUGCAAAGACGGGGCGAGCAAUACAUCGACCUGCCUCACACCAGAACAAAUCGUAGCGGCCAAGGACAUAUAUGCCGGGCCCCGUCAUUCGGAGACCAACGCCAGCCUCUAUCCGGGUUUUGAUCUGGGCACCGAAGCAGAAUGGAUGUAUCAGGAAGGCACUCUCUCACUCUCGUUUUCCCUUCCCCUGCUCCAGAAUAUGGUUUUCGAUGACCUGAGCUAUAACGGCAGCACUUUCAACUGGGGCACCGACGUAGACGCGAUGGAUACAAAAGUGGGCAGCCUGAUCGACGCCAUCAGUCCUAACCUCACAGCCUACAAGACGCAAGGAGGAAAGCUACUUGUUACACAGGGUUGGGCCGAUCCGCUUAAUGCGGCUACUUGGCCUAUCGAUCACUUGAAUGAGGUUGCGCGGGUUACAGGCGGCGAGAGACAUGAAUGGCUUUCACUGUUCAUGAUCCCCGGAGGUGGUCACUGUGGCGGCGCGUCAACCUAUCCCCAAGUCCCGACAAAGCAAAACACACUCGAGGCCCUUGUGGACUGGGUCGAGAAGGGGAAGACUCCGGAGGAUCUUCUCGGGACUGCCCCCGCUGAUGGAAGUAGGAGAACGAGAAAGAUUUGCCGGUGGCCUCGCGCUGCCAAGUACAAUGGGGGCAAUGCGGAUGACUCGCACUCUUACACUUGUGAAGAUCAACGUCGUUAGACACACCAUUAGAUGCUUUUCAUAGUGCAUCUUCAGCAUAAUAUGCUCAGAGUACCUCUUGAAUCUACAGUCCGUGCUUUACAUCAAGCACUGCUUUGAAUCCCC